AUGCCCAAGAUCCCGCCUCGGCCUGGCAACCGCCGCAAUGAUCGUUCAGUAUCCCCGAUGCGGGAUAGCUAUGCCCCCUCGCCCCUCAACGAAUGGACUGGCCCCGGCAUGAAUCGCACCGUCUCAAACGACCUGCCCCCGCGCCCUCCCAGCGUCACUAUACCCUCCCUAGGCGAAGAGGGAAUCGAAUAUGCCGAUCUGGAUCCGGGACAUGUGCCCGAUAAUCACUACCAGACACCCGCGGAAACUCGCAACGUGAGCGGUGAUCUGAAGAUCCACGCACCCAGACCCUCAUUGCCAACGUCCAGUGCUGAAGCUAAGGUCCAGGCUGUCACCCGCACCGACUCCCGCCAAGCGGCUGCUGCUGGACUGGGCCGUGGGCCUUCACCAUCUCGCGAGGAACAAGACCGCCCAACCCGUUCGCUGCACUCCCGUGCCAGCGGUUCCCGUGCGGACUCAACUGCCUCCAAUGAGCGGCGUUCCUCCGUUCAGCAGUCCGACGAGCAGGGAUUCCGGGUGCCCAUGUAUCCCAAUGCCGGUGACGUCCAGGCUCCCUCCCCGAGUCCAUAUCUCGACCAGGGCUCUCAACGACCCGGUCGUAACCAUAACCGUACUCGUAGUGCUCGGGACUCUUCCUUGCCUCCUGGAAGCUAUGGGUUGCAUGGACAUGGUGUUCAACAAUCUGACAAAUUCGAGAAGGCUUGGUAUGAGAAACAUCCCGACGAAUACGUCAAAGAGGAAGGCCAAUACGGUCCCGGUGUCGGUACCCCACGUCCUGAUUGGGCUAUGAGCAGUGACGAUUUGAACAAGAUUGUUCGCGGCUCUGCACAGAAUGGAUCGGGCAUGGGUACCUCCCCAGGCGUUGUGGGAACACCCGAAGAAGAAGUCGGAUAUAUGGCCUCAGAUGAAUACAUCCAUCGCAUAGCAUCUCCCCCACCUGACGAACGUCACGAAAGUCACCCGGCAACCGAAUCGCCUCUUCGACAGAUGAGCUUCCCCUCUGAAAAUGCGGAGCAGAAGCCUGCCGAAUCACCAUUGCGCCAUCAUAGAUCAAGCUCGCAUGGAACCCGUGAGGGUGGAGUCAUUCAUGUGGAUGAUCCCAAGCACCCUCUGCAUCACCCCGACGGAUUUGCUGCCACUCCGGCUGUGGAAGAGAAUGAGCCAGAAUACAAUGAGGCCGAGGAUGACGAUGAGCCGAUUCUGGCUGCUGAUCAAGUUCGCCCAGAAUCAGCAUAUCUUCACCCUGCCAUCUCACCCACAUUUGAUCGCCGGGGCAGCUUUGAAGAUGAAGCUCGCAGUCGGACCCCAAGUGUCUCACAUAGUCGAUCCAACAGUCGAUCAGCGAGCGCCCAGGGCCACCAGUUCCCUUCUUUAACUCGCUAUGAUUCGCGGGAAGAUACGCACACGCCUCUGGAAGAUGUUGACGAAUAUGAGCCGUUGUUCCCUGAAGACGAUGACAAGAAGCAGAAACCAGUCUCUACGGCAGAUCGAUUCAAGAAGCGACCCGAUAUGCUCAAGCACAGAUUCCCCAGUCAGGAUAUUUGGGAAGAUACGCCAAACAGUCUGCAGCUUCACGCUACAGUAACUACCCCGGACAUUCCUUCUCAAGAUUCACCUGAUACUUUUGAAACGCCCGAGCAAGAAGCUACCCGCCGCAUGCAAGCAGACACGGUGGACUCACAUCAGGUUGCCAGUCACAUCCUGGAAGGUGAAGGUGCUCGAGAGAAACCAGUGCGACCAGACACAUUCAAGCAACGCUUCCCCAGUAAAGAUAUUUGGGAAGAUGUUCCCGAAAGUCAGCGGUUGGUCACAACCGUUGAACCCGCAAAGGAAGAAGUGACGAGUCCUAGCGUACCAUCUAAGCCCGCAAUUCCCGCUCGUCCACAGAAACAGCCCCAGACUUCACCGAUUGACAAGCGGCAGCCACCAAGCAUCCCUGAGCGACCAAAGCCUCAGGUCCCCGCCCGUCCCACUAAGACAAGCCCUCAGAUCCCAGCAAGCAAUGAGGAAUCCCCAAAGGAGCCCUCAAAGGAAGCUCCUGCGAUUAAGCCCAAGCCUGCCGUGCCAGCUCGUCCAGGCGGCAGCAAGAUUGCAGCUCUGAAAGCCGGGUUCCUCACUGAUUUGAACUCACGUUUGCAACUCGGUCCUCAGCAACCCAAGCCCCAGGAGCAGGUGCCUGAACCACCAGUUGAGAAGCAACCGCUGAGUGAUGCCCGUAAGGGCCGAGCCCGUGGCCCAGCUCGUCGAAAGCCCGCCGUGGAGAAACCCACCCCCGCUGCGCUCCCAACCAGUCCUCAAAUCCAGAUCACGGAGUCCUUGAACGUGUGGCGAGUGGCGCAGGACGGUCGGGUGAUCGUUGGACCAGACAGCAAGGUCAACAAGCCGCUUGUUGCAGCUGCAGCCAGUGAUUCAGCCGUGUCUCCACAGCCGAUGGCGCCCCCGAUCGCCAAAAACGCCGCCGGUGAAUCUGUAGACCCAAUACCUGAAUCACCUGUGGCAGAACCACGUGUAGCAGAAGCGCCCGUGCCAGCAGAUGUUGUCUCGCCGCAAACCACUACAGCAGAGACCGAGCCGGCUCAUGUCGAAAGCCAGGAACCCGAGCCAGUUGAGCCUUCCGUGGAUAUUGACUCAACAUCCACCCCCAAUCAGGAGGACGAAGAGAAGGAAGAUGUGAUUGAGUUGCCUGGAGUCCCGACCAAAACUGAAGCAACUGAAAUUCCUCCGGCUUCACCUGCGAAAGAGGUCGCUUUGGAGGAUAUGACUGCGUUGGCGGAUGGCAAAAGGCAGUCUGAUGGUCAUAUCCACGGUGUAGAAUAG